GUGAUCAAUAAAUAAAAAGAAAUGGGGAAAAAAGUUGGUGAUCCGGUUCACUGUAUAAAAUCAAAAAAAUAAAAGCAAACCGACCCAUUGUUCGGUAUAAUAUAACGUAACCCGGCCCACAAAAUUCUGUCGUAACCAAACCGACCCAUGAUUCAGCCAACAUAACCCGACCCGUACAAUUCUAUUACGCGUCUCCGGCGACUGACUAUACUUGCCGUUCGGAGUUAGGGUUUUACUCCGAGAGAAAAUUGAGUCAGCGAUGAAUCCGUUGACAAGGUGAAGAAGACGCAGAGCAUUAACGCGAAAGAAUUAGAUCUAGGGAUUUACGACGAAGCAUCUUGGCACGCCAAGUACAAAGAUUCAGCCUACGUUUACGUCGGAGAAUUACCUUACGAUCUCACGGAGGGUGACCUCCUCGCCGUUUUCUCACAAUAUGGUGAAGUUGUUGAUUUGAAUCUUGUUCGAGAUAAAGGAACUGGGAGAUCAAAAAGAUUUGCGUUUGUUGCUUAUGAAGAUCAGAGAAGUACUAAUCUUGCUGUUGGUGUUGGGAAGGAUAAUAAAAGUGGAGCAUUGUGGUAAAUACUUAAAGAGAGAAGAGGAAGAUGAAGAGACGAAGCAGAAGAAGAGAGAAGCUCCGUGGUGUUUGCAGAGCUUUUCAGAGAAAGGAGUGUACUCGUGGAGAUUCUUGCAAAUUUUCUCACGAUGAAAAUAGAGCUGCCAAUACCGGGUGGGGUCACGAAGAUCGUAGAAGUUCCAAGUGAGAGAUCAAGUAAGUAAAUACCAUAAUGAUGUAGAGGAUAAAUAGGGAUUGUUCAUAUUGAUAUCCAAGUGGUAAUGCUCUACAUUGAAGAAUGGUUUCUAAGUUGUAGCUAGAAUCUAAUGGAAAAUGUGAUUUAUUGACCAUUAGCUUACACACCGGUGUUUUGCUCUGUAUAUGUCGAUCUUAUUUUCAGUGUUCACCUUUAC